GCGUCAUUGUGACCGCAAGGAGAAAUUGACGCAUUUUUUUCGAAUUGGCGCAAUUUCCUAGCACAAUGGCACAGUCGACUGAGACACCCGCUUUAUUCCUCACAGCGGACACAUACCUGAUAAAAGGUUUCAACACGUCUGUCCUAUUAUCCAGGAAGUCCAUCGUGUCUGUAGGAUUCGGCCGCUGAAGUUGAAACGAAGAUCGUCGUGCUACAGUGUAGACACGCUCCCCAACAACAGGAAGUCACUACUAUUACUGUGGAGAGUGCUGGCAACAAAUCAUGUACGGGUUCAUCCACUGUGUGCUGGGGGAUCUGGUGGUUCGUGGCUUCGGGGAGUCGACAUGGCAGCGCAUCGUAAAGAACGCUGGAAUCGAGCUAGGAGGCGGGACGUUUUUGAUGCAUAAAGUAUACAGUGAUGACGACACCUGGAGGCUACUGAAUGCCAUAUCCGAGCAUCUGGAAAUCUCGCGAGAGGCCGUGUUGGAAUCCAUGGGAGAACACUUCGUCCGGUACUGCAUAGAGUACGGCUUCGGUAGCCUGCUCAGGGUCCUCGGUGGGAGCCUGAAGGACUUCCUGUGUAACCUGGACAGCUUGCACGAACACCUGGCCAGCACCUACCCGGGCAUCCGUUCCCCUUCUUUCUGCUGCACAGAGGGACCUGAUGACACUCUUUUUCUGCACUACUAUAGCGAAAGAUCUGGGCUCUAUCCAAUCGUGAAAGGCCUGGUCCGCAUGAUCGCUAAGGAGUUCUUCAACGUCAGUGUCGCCGUCGACGUAGUUUCAGAGGAGCGUGAGCUGACGUCAUGCCAGGGACAGGUCGUGACGUUUUCCAUACGUCAUCUCAGCUGCAACGGUGAUCCCCCUGGGGACGAGAAGAGACUGAGCAGUGGGACGAUCUGUCCCACCACCAGCAGCGACCCUAAGGACCUCCCGCUCAGCGUGGACACGUUUAAUGACAUCUUCCCCUUCCAUGUCAUGCUGGACAGAGAUUUGAAGGUCGUGCAGAUGGGACGCAGCCUCCAGAGGUUGUUGAAGGGUAACGUCACAUCAGCCGAGCUGAGAUUCCAAGACAUCUUCGAGAUCAUCCGUCCGAAGGUGGAAUCCCUCUUCAGUGACAUAGUGAGACAUCUCAACACGAUAUACGUUGUGAGAACGGUCCAAGGAAUCAUCAACAAGGGGAAAGAUUGUACAGCACAAGCUUGCGAAGGAGCAAGUAACUCUGCCAGCGUGGACUUGGAUGAGUCGACUCUAAAGCUGAAGGGGGAGAUGGUUUUUGUUACAGAAUCGGACAUGCUUCUUUUCCUGUGUUCGCCUCGCGUUAAAGACUUGUCGGAGUUUUUGAGAAAGGGUCUUUACUUCAGUGACACGCCGCUUCACGACAGCAGCCGGGACGUCCUGAUGGUGAACUACCUGCGCAGGAGGGAGAGGGACCUGCUGGACAAGAUAGAGGAUGUCGGGAACCAGCUCCGGAAACUCCAGGGGAAGCUGAGUGAAGACAAACGUCGCACGGAGGAACUGCUGCAUUCUAUCCUCCCAUCAAAUGCGGUGCAGAGUCUAGUGUCCAACAGUCCAGUCGAGGCCGAGGCCCACCCCGUGGUGUCCAUCCUCUUCUCGGACAUCGUCAACUUCACGGGCAUCUGUGAGAGGGUGGAGCCCAUGGACAUCGUGCGCAUGCUCAACAAGUUGUACACAAGCUUUGACGUGCUCAGCAAACUGAACGAACUGUACAAGGUGGAAACAAUCGGUGACGCCUAUAUGGUGGCGGGAGGGAUUCCUGAGAAGGUGGAUGAUCAUGCUGACAGAGUCGUUACCAUGGCAGUGGGGAUGAUGGAUGUCUCCAGGACAGUGACGUCACCGGACGGGGACAAGCCUAUAUCCAUCCGAGUGGGCGUCCACUCCGGGCCGUGCAUGGCAGGCGUGGUGGGUACCACCAUGCCCCGGUACUGUCUGUUCGGAAACACCGUCAGUCUGGCCAGCAAGAUGGAGAGCUGUAGCCAACCCGGCAAGAUCAACAUCAGCGAUGCAACCAAAAUGUGUCUCCAUAAAGGCAGCUAUAUAUUUGAAGAAAACAUGUCCUCCAGUCUUCCGAUACGCAGCUACUUCGUGCAGGCGUCAUACCGGGCACCAGAUUCCCCAGUAACGCCGAGGAGCCCCCUAGCGGCCAGCAUGGGACUGUUCCUGACGCCCCAACCUUCUCCGUGCGUUACACCAGAAACUACGCCGCUCCAGAGUCCGUGCCUCAGCAGGAGGAACUCAGAAUUAUUCGACAUAACAGCAGCAGUAGAGGUCAGACAUAGUAUUUGA